AUGUCUUCGAUGGAUAACUACACAGAACCUUCUGCUUGUUGGUUUCAUGCUAUUGAUGUUCCAACCAAACCACCAAUCAAAAAAUCAAAUGCUGCUUCAAACAAUAAUAACAUCAGUGACAACAAUGUUACAAGCCCACCAAAACAAAAAAUACCGGCAACUUGGGUUGCCUUCUCGAAACGUGAUUCUAUCGCCUUAGAAAAUGCUUACAAGUCUAGUAAACAAGGUGUUAAAGUACCUUGUAAUGAAGAUUAUUUAUUUGAAGUAGACAUAGAUAAAAGAGAACUUUCUCCCGUUUAUUGGGCUGGCCCUAGCUAUGAAGUGAAACGUGCUACUUGGUUUAUAUGGGAAGGCGGCAAAUUUAUCCCAUGUGAUGAAAAUUUGGCAGCUCAGAUUGAAGAAGGAUACAAAAAACAUCGAGCUUGGAUACAGCCACCACCUGAGUCAGAUCUAACUAAUUCGUCUUCACCGCAAUCAGAAAUCAUCCAAGAAAAAAGUUGGCCUUUACUUGGGAGAUAUUUAUCACAAUAUGUUGUUUAUACAAAUCCUACAACUGCUUGGUUGUUAAGUGAUGAUAUGGCAGGAAAAUUAACUAAAACUUUCUAUUCAAAACUCACAAACAACUUACAUUUGGGUGGUAUACGAUUGUUAAGAGGUUUUAAUGAAGUUGAAAAUUUCUUUCAGAAAAAAAAUAGCGAGGAUAUCUCUGCAAGUACCACUACCGAUAAUAAAAAAGAUAGAGAUAUAAAUCAAGACGUUGGUGAAAGUUAUGAUUAUGAGAAGGAGGAAUGUGAGGAUGAAGUGAGAGUUAUUGACCAUUUGAUACUGGUUAUUCAUGGUAUUGGACAAAAAUUAAGCGAGAGAAUGGAAUCAAUUAACUUUGUUAACGACGUUAAUGUAUUUCGAAAGACUAUAAGGAAAACAUUUUCAAAUGUUAAUAAUCCGUCUGAAGCCAACUAUAAAUCAUAUUCUAAAAGCAGAUUUGGAAAAGGUGUUCAAGUCUUGCCUAUCCAAUGGCGUCAAGAAAUAAAGUUUGGAGUGGCUUCAGAAGAUGAAAACAUUCAGAGAGAUUUAGGUAUACCCGAAAUUGAAGAAGGUCAGACAACACUUGAUGAAAUUACUCUGGAAGGUGUACCAACCUUAAGAAAUUUAAUUUCUGAUGUAUUAAUGGACGUUACAAGAGAAGCAAAUAGAGUCUACAAUCUUUUUAUAGAACGUAAUCCCAAAUUUUUAGAAAAUAAUGGCAAAGUUUCAAUAUAUGGGCAUUCACUUGGUUCAGUAUUAGCAUUUGAUAUACUGUGUCAUCAACCUCCAAUAGAUCCAUCAACUCCGUCGGGAAUAUUUGACGGAAAGAAUUUCAACUAUUUACAUAAAGAUUCCGUCAAAUUAGAUUUUGACGUUAAAAAUUUUUUUGCGGUAGGAUCUCCUAUUGGACUAUUUUUGUUGCUAAAAGGGUUAAAAAUCUCGUCAAGAACAGAUAGCGAGAAACUUAAAAAACUUAUUGAUGAUGGGAUAAAAUUAGCGGCUAAUAUGGGACUAUCAUUGUCUGAUCCUGAUCAAAUCCCAUCGUGUUUCCCUGCCGUUAAGAAUUUAUAUAAUAUAUUUCAUAAUGCUGAUCCAAUCGCUUAUAGGUUAGAACCAUUGAUAGCACGUCAUUAUGGAGCGAUGUUAAAACCUGCUUUAAUUCCAUAUCAUAAAGGCGGCCUUAAAGCAGUGCACAUGGGUAUACAAGAAUUUAGUAAUGAUCUUGCAAAUAAAGCAACUAAUAUUUUUUCAACAGUUAGAACUUCCUUGAUUGGUGCCAUCAGCACCAGUAGUAGUAAUAUUAAUAGUGGUGCUCAUAAAAAGUCAUCUUCUAUUGGAAGCAUUCCUGGAAACGACAAUGACGGCAACAAUAGUAAUAAUGGUAGUGGCGAUGAUGUUAUAUCUGGUGCUAAUGAAGGAGACGCUUUAACCAAUUAUCCACCAACAAAUUUUACAAAAGAUGCAAAAAACACAACGGAUGAUAAAGAGAUUGAAAAAAACGGAGCUGCUAGAAUUAAAAAUUUAAAUGUUUCUGGUAGAGUGGAUUAUGUUUUACAGGAAGGAUUAUUAGAUGUUAGUUACAUUAAUGCUAUAACUGUACAUUUGAGCUAUUGGUCAGAUUUAGAUGCUGUUAAUUUUAUUUUAAAAGAAAUUGAUAGAGAAGAGGAAUGA